CAUUAUUUUCUUUGGGAUCCAUCCACGAAGGAAGAACACUACCCAUUUUACCUUGACUUGUGUUAACUGUGUUCAAGAUUUCUCAACACCUCCUACUAUAAAAUCUUGCUCAACCUCACCUUCACUUCACCACUUCAUGUCAAGUUCAAAACAUAGAUAGUUCAUACACUUCUCUUCAAGUGUUUUAUCUCUUCAAAGUUGUCCCCAAGCUCUUAUAGGCUUUCCUUUGCAAUUGUCACCAACAAUUAUUGCUUAGCUCUCACAAGUUUCUUAACAACAAUGAAGAAAGUAGUGUUGAAGGUCGACUUGUACGAUGACAAAAUCAAGCAAAAAGCUAUGAAAACAGCCUCUGGAAUUUCAGGGGUUGAAUCAGUGUCUGUGGAUAUGAAAGACAAGAAAUUAACAUUAGUGGGAGACAUUGAUCCAGUACAUGUUGUGGGGAAGCUAAGGAAAUGGUGUCAUACUGAAAUAGUUUCUGUUGGAUCUGCUAAAGAAGAAAAGAAGAAGGAAGAACCAAAGUUAGAUGAUAAGAAGGAUUCAAUAAAAGUACCUGAACCUGUUAAGCUUUAUGAAGCCUAUCCCCUUUAUUAUCAUAUGACCCCACUACAGUCUAAUCAAUAUCACUAUGUUACAAGUGUGGAAGAGGACCCUAAUGGCUGUGUCAUCUGCUAAAUUUUAGUAUACAUGAGAUGAAAAGCAAGUGCUAAAAGAAAUGUUAUUUUCCAUUUUUUGGGGGCUUUUUCUAACAAUUCAGAUUGAGGAAUGAAGUGUAUCCGAGAAGAGUAAUAUUCUGUAUAGGAGUUUGAUGUGUAGUGUUUGAUUAGACUUUGUUGGUAUUUAUCCAAAAUUUUGAGGAGUUAUUCUCAAGUAACUAAUUGAAUUUGAGUGAUAUUGAAUUAAUAUUAUUCAAU